GAGGCGGAAGCACAAAUGACAAAAAAAUGGCCGAAGCCCUGAUAUCGUAUUUCCGAAGGACUCUGCCGGAGGACCUCGUCGUCGUGCUGGAACCGCACAUUGCGAAUCUCGAAAGUGCAAAUUUUCAGGCCGUGUUCCAGGAUCCGCUAUGCAGUCGGCUGCUGGGCCGCACCCCAGGCGAGGAGACGGCGUAUGAGACGACCAAAGCGUGGAACGACUACAUAUUCGACCGACUCGAGGGUUUGCUGGCUAAAAGGAGCGACGAGCCGAACUCCGAUAAGACAAGUUCCCCAAAGUACUUGCAGCACUUCUUUUUCAUCGUUGCUGUCGCAGCGCUAGGCGCUUUCGUGCAAAGUAACGUAACUGGACCUCCGCUGCCAUUUUCGCCGAGGAAGAUCCUCCUCCCAAAUGGUGUUGGAGAAGAUGCUAAAGCUACUGCUCAAGUUCGACGGCGCCUGCUCGACUCCUUGAAGCUGGAUGGAGAAGCGCCGUACCGCUUGACGCCUCAUGUCGAGCUACUAAGCCUCGCGGAUUCAAUCUUGACGUGCCCCCCCGUGUUGAAGAAUGUUCCCGCAGCUCGUUGGGCUCAUCUGAGAGUAGACUUCAUGCACCAGCGAAUUCUAUCAGAGACCUCGCCCACGCUGGAGAAAGACAUUUAUGACGAGCUCGAAGCGGUGAGGAAGCUCAUCGCGCAGGACGGAUCAAAAGACGCCCUUGUCACCUUCAUGUUGGAGUCGGCUACUAUACACACUCAUCAUGGACAUGACAAACUUGCAAGGGAAGCGUUGCAGACGGCCACGCAGAAGCGACACUUCGAGUUUGCGAUCACGGGUCUUCUUGGGAAGCGGACGAAGUUCCAACAGAAAGAUACGAGCCAGCUUGUCGUGCUUGCGAAGAGCGUGGAUGACGUAGAAGAGCCGUCUUCGGAGGCGGCCGACCAAAAUGAAGAGCAGGUUCCGAAGGAGAAGCAGGCUCUUCCGCAGCAGAUUGACCUGAACGACGAUACCUUGCUCGAAAGGAUUUCGUUUGCGAAAAGAGAAGCCGUUGCGGGCGAGCAAGACCCAAGCAAGGCAGCUUCAAUCACGGUUGUCCAGGACGAAGACAGCUUGCCGGCGAGCUUGGCCGGUCUUGACCCAGAGAAGCAACCGCAGCUGAACCCGCUCGAUUCGAUUAUCCUGCUUUCGACCGCUGCAUCGAUAACGAACACGAACCCCGCCGACGGCCUGACCCGCGAAGAGACCGCUCCGUACGCGACGCGCGUUCUGGAAGGCGGGAGCUCAAACUGGCAAGUCUACACGCAAGCGUUGUUGUUGCGCAGCCGCAUCGAAGGUUAUAAGGCGCGGACUGUCGAGCGCGGACUGCUCCAGUUGCAGGCGCUGGUGGACCAAGUCAUCGCCGACACGGGCUCCUCUGAGGACAGCGGCGAGGACAAGCCAACCACGUUCUUGCCCAAAGCCACAGAGGCCGAAUCGGCCCCGGCCAGCCAGAGGCUGCUCUACGUCUACGCUCUUUGCUCGCCUACGCGGUGGGAACUCGAGGCGGAGCUCGCUGCGCGGUGGGUAAACCUGGGAGGUCUGCGCUCUGCCCUCGAAAUUUAUGAGCGGUUGGAGAUGUGGGCCGAAGCGGCUCUGUGUUGGGCGGCGACUGAACGUGACGACAAAGCGCGCAGGCUCACAAGGAAGCAGCUCUUCCAUGCCACGUCCGGUAACGAUGAAGAUGUGGAUGAAGAUACGGAGACGUGGUCUGGACCUGCUCGUGACCCCCCGCCGUCGGACGCGCCGCGGCUGUAUUGCAUCCUUGGUGAUUUGGACAAAGACCCUUCGAUGUACGAAACAGCGUGGGCGGUGUCUAACGAGAGGUAUUCGCGAGCACAGCGCUCCAUCGGGAGGUACUAUUACGGUCUGAAAGACUACGCAAAGGCCUCUCUUGCUUUCACGAAGUCACUGAAGGUCAAGCCGCUCGAUCACGGAACGUGGUUUGCACUAGGCUGUGUCCUGCUUGAGCUAGAACAGUUCAAGAGGGCGGUCGAAGCGUUUUCACGAGCCGUGCAGCUUGAGCACGACGACGCUGAGAGCUGGAGCAACAUGGCCGCUGCCUUGCUCAACCUACCACCUGAUGAGAGCCCGGUCGACCUUCACGAAGUGGAGCAACAGGCUCCUGCCUUAGACGAGGAGGAACCCCCAACUUCACAAGCCCCCGACCCGCACAAGAACCGCUUCGCCGCGCUCAAGGCCCUCAAACAGGCCGCCCGCCUGAAGCGCGACAACCACCGCAUCUGGGACAACCUGCUCACGGUCGCGGCGUCUUUGACGCCGCCGUCCUGGUCCGACGUGCUCACGGCGCAGACGCGGAUCAUCGACCUGCGGGGCCCCGUCGACGGCGAGAAAUGCGUCGACGUCGCCAUCCUCUCCGCGCUGGUGAAUCACGUCAUGACCUCGCACGACCCGGGGUCCGUCUCCGGGCCCGGGUUCCCCAGGAUGGUGGUCCAGCUGGUGGAGAAGAAGGUGGUCCCCCUCGUGACGGCGAGCGCGGACCUGUGGAGGCUCGUCGGCAAGGUGGCCCUGUGGCGCGGCAACCCGGGCAAAGCGCUCGAGGCGCAGGAGAAGGCCUGGCGAUGCGUCGUCAGCCAGCCCGGGUGGGAGCACGGCACCGAGGCGACGUGGGACCGCGUGGUGGACGCGACGGUCGAGCUUGUCGGCGCGUACGAGAGCCUGGGGAUGAGGGUCAAGACCGACGGGCUGGGCGCUGACGGAGAGGCGGUCGUCGCGAAGGACUGGAAGUUCAAGGCUCGAAGCGCCAUCCGGGGCAUCAAAGGACGAGGGAAGGACAGCUGGGAAGGAACGAAAGGCUGGGACAGGCUAGACGAGGCGUUGGAGGGUCUUAAAGGCGCAUAGAGCCAACGGGUCCAUCUGCAGAGCUGAUUGUGUAAGAAAACGAACAGGAAGAGGGGAGGGAGGGGGAAGAAGGAGAAUAAUUUAGAGCUUUUUCUCUUUGCCAUUUGCUACUACAUGCUUUACGUCGGGGACGAAAAGAAAACAUCGGAGGGAAAAAAAAUAUUCUGAGAGAGAGAGAUGUCAUGUAACGUCUAAAUGAUGAGUACUCCCUAGCCUGCG